GCACGCCGCUGCGGCUAACUCCGCCCUUUGGGCGCCCGUGACGCUCGCUUCUGGAGCCUCUGUUGGCCCGUGGCUCUCCUGCCCGGACCCGCGCCCACGAUGCUGGCGCUGCGCUGCGGCCCCCGUCUGCUCGGCCCCCUCUCCGGCCCGCGCUCCGCGCACCUGCGCCUACCCGCGGCCCGCGCUUGCAGCAGCGGCUCCCGAGACCCGUCCUCUUCCUCCCGGAACCCGCUCGUGUACCUGGACGUGGGCGCCGACGGGCAGCCGCUCGGCCGCGUGGUGCUGGAGCUGAAGGCAGAUGUCGUCCCAAAGACAGCAGAGAACUUCAGAGCCCUGUGCACCGGGGAGAAGGGCUUCGGCUACAAAGGCUCCACCUUUCACAGAGUGAUUCCGUCCUUCAUGUGCCAGGCCGGGGACUUCACCAACCACAACGGCACAGGGGGGAGGUCCAUCUACGGGAGCCGCUUUCCUGACGAGAACUUCAAACUGAAGCACAAGGGGCCAGGUGUCCUGUCCAUGGCAAAUGCAGGCCCCAACACUAACGGCUCCCAGUUCUUCAUUUGCACCAUAAAGACAGACUGGCUGGAUGGCAAACAUGUUGUGUUUGGCCAUGUCAAAGAGGGCAUGGAUGUCGUGAAGAAAAUAGAAUCUUUCGGCUCCAAGAGUGGGAAGACAUCCAAGAAGAUUGUCAUCACGGACUGUGGCCAGGUGAGCUAACCCGCCACGGCCAGGGCUCUAGGCCAGCGGCAGCUGCAGGCAACAGGGAGUUGACUCACCCAGGCGGCCGCCUCGGGCUCCCAGCGCAGGGGCCCCUUGGAGUUGCCUGUGCUCCCUCCACCUUCUCUGUGCUUCCGGAAGGCCUCUCAGGAAUGUCAGACCUCACAGGACCCACCGGGCUGCUUCCCCAGUGCCUGAUCUUCCCCAGCGCCCUGUUUCUGGACACC